AUGUUGAAUUUGGUUACUCUGGUUGUUGUUCAUAACCGCUGGUCUACUCAGAUUGUCAAGAAAGGCGGCAAACUCAUGGGUUGCCAUGCUUCUCAGACUGUUAAGAAAGGCGGCCAACUCAUGGGUUGCCAUGCUUCUCAUGGACGGGCAGGCCGGUUAUUUCUCAAUGGCACUUGCGGAAUACAUAUUUACUUUGACUCUGAAACUGCUGUUGAUCAAGAAAUUUUUGAAAAAUGUGAAAGCUCACGUAGACAACAAACUCCCCCAAUUUUUCACUGUUAUUGUGGGCAAACGUACACUUUCCAGCUCAAGCUAGGAGAGUUCAACUUCACUUCCAAACAUUACACCAUUUCCCGUAUCGUUACUGAGCAACAGUGUGCACAACUCCCAAAAUUUGUCAUACAUGAAGAUAACCAUGGUUCUGAUGAUGAUAAGCCUGAAGAGAAACCAGUAGCAUUAAAGGGUUCUUCUAGUUACCAAAACGCUGUUGCAGAGGUAGCGGGUGGUGUGACACCAAAAGUUAGAGAGAGAAGAAAUGACAACCAUCAACCAUCCUUAUAUGUUGGACCAGCAAUCGUUCAUCCUGCAGCAAGCAGUCUGAUACUUGAUCCAAAUGAGAGUGGAAAGAAGGGGCGCAGAACAUGUAAAAGGAACCCUUCCACUACAUUCGCUCUUUCUAAAAAUGUUAUUAACAUUGCGAUAGGGAACCACUGUUUGGAUAUUUCCAAUGACUGGAGUUCUGGUGAUGAUGGGAAGUGA